GCCUCCAUGUCUUCGUUUCCCAGCCUGUCCCGGGGCCGGAAAGUGGCCCUGUCCACGCUGGGCGUGCUGGCCGCCGGCGGGGCGGGGCUGGCGGUGGCCCUGCACACGGCCGUGGCCGCCAGCGACCUGGAGCUUCACCCUCCCAGCUACCCGUGGAGUCACCGCGGCUUCCUCUCCGCCCUGGACCACGCCAGUAUACGGCGAGGCUACCAGGUGUACAAGCAGGUGUGCUCCUCCUGCCACAGCAUGGACUACUUAGCCUAUCGCCACUUGGUGGGCGUCUGCUACACCGAGGCGGAGGCCAAGGCCCUAGCCGAGGAGGCCGAGGUCCAGGACGGCCCCAACGAGGAAGGGGAGAUGUUCACGCGUCCCGGCAAACUGUCGGACUACUUCCCCAAGCCGUACCCCAACCCCGAGGCCGCCCGCGCCGCCAACAACGGGGCGCUGCCCCCCGACCUCAGCUACAUCAUCAGAGCCAGGCACGGCGGCGAGGACUACGUCUUCUCCCUCCUCACCGGCUACUGCGACCCGCCCACCGGGGUGUCUCUGCGUGAGGGCCUCUACUUCAACCCCUACUUCGCCGGCCAGGCCAUCGGGAUGGCCCCCCCCAUCUACAACGAGGUCCUCGAGUUUGACGACGGCACGCCGGCCACCAUGUCUCAGGUGGCCAAGGACGUGUGCACGUUCCUCCGCUGGGCAGCCGAGCCCGAGCACGACAGCCGCAAACGGAUGGGGCUCAAAAUGCUGCUGAUGAUGGGGCUGCUGCUCCCCCUUGUCUACGCCAUGAAGCGCCACAAGUGGUCUGUGCUGAAGAGCCGGAAGCUGGCGUACAGGCCCCCCAAGUGAGCGCCCCGGACCCUCCCGCCCACCGCCCAGUCCCCGGACCUCCCCCGGUGCUGUCCGCCCCGUGGG